AUGGCGCCCACCGGAAUCACCCUCGAGGACGUACAAGCAUGGGCAAUCCGAGAUUUCCCUGACCAGUUCAAGCACCUACCUGAUGCAGGAGCAUUUCGUACACAGUUCAACAUCAUCCGCGGGUACAAUCAUGACAGAGGCUUCAAAAGCUUUGUCAUAGGCAGCACCUACACUAAAACAAGGAAGCAGAUAGACCUCAUGGCCUGGCUUGCAGGUCCUCACAUAGUCAUCGGCUGCAUUGGAAAGAACCGGAAAGGGGAGCCACAGAUUCGUCCUAUGACCUUGACAAAAGAGAACGCCUCUUCUUGGACCUUGGAAUUUCCGUUCAACUUGAUUCCACCGACUCAAAGCCAGACAGAGGUUGCUUGCUGUGAUGCUAUGCUACGCUACUACUUCCUUGCAAAAGGCUGGAGUGAAGGCGUAAUCGACGACUCGAACCUGUUCAACAGCCCGUCGCCCAGUCCGCCGCCGAUUGAGGGUCCUGUAACGCGCCAGGUACUACGCUCCCCACUUGAGCUGCAGUCCCGAUUCGGAUAUCCACAACCAGACAAUCCUGGUGGGGACCAGAUGGCGGCACUCGAUGAAUCGAACAAUGCCGGCGAGCGAGACAGCCCCGGGCUACGAAACAAGCUUUUUGAUCUCAACAUCCAACUCAUGAUCGCGGAGGGUCGCGCUCGGGAUGCCGAGACAGUAGCGCAGAAAGCUCAAGAAGAGUCACAACUCUGGAAGAAAAGGUACGAAGAAGCCGAGUCGUACAGAACCAAAUAUGAGAAGAUUCGGAGCCACUUUGGAUUGCAGGAGCAGGAUGAACGCAGAGCGUGA